AUGAGAAAGAUGCAAUGGAAAUCUUUCUGGCUCUGGGAAAUCUCUGAUUAUCCGGAACCCAGCCUCCUCGAAAGUGGUCUUAGUGACUCUGCUCAGAGGGACAUCAAAGUGCUCGGCGAUUUUGAUAUACGGUCCCGGAAUCGUGCGAACACCUUGGAAAUUCCCGAGAAUAGAGAAUCUGGGAUUAUUCUUGAGACCGUUGAUGAGCCAGCACUCUGCAAUCAACUCAUACAGAAUCUGGUUGUCCCGAGACCUUUUGUCCGGAAGACCGUCUUCCUGGGUAAAUUGAGGGUUAGAGAAAAAGGAGAAAGUCUGAAAACUGGUAGCGAAGAUGGCAGGAAUCCCUUUUCUUGGGAGGAACUGGAUCCAACCAGCCGCUCAGAUCAUAAAACCGGAAAAGGCAGACCCAGUACGCUUCCUAGAGAGGGCGUCUUCGUUGCCAACUUUAUCGUAAUCAACAUGAUCAAGUCCAAUGUCCGAGAACUGCAGGUUGGCCAUGCUCUGGUAGUCAGUAAGGCCGCUAUCUCGAUGGAUUUGAAAGAGCAACUCCCGCUCCGACCUCUGCAGCAACUUAGAAGCGGUGUUAGUCAUGAGAGAGACACACGCCUGGCUGAUUAUUCCAUCUGUCAAGCCAUACUGCUAUUCCUGAAGGUAUUCGCGGAGGUUGUUCCAAUCUUUGAAGAAACAAUAAAUCUUGAAAUAAAGAUCGUCGCCCUCGUCCAAUCCAUAGUUGACUUGGCGAGUCUGUACGAAAGAAUCCAUAACAUCGAUAUCAGUAGAUGGUACAGCCUUCUCCGACAGCCUCGCUAUCUUCUCCCACUUCCUGGCUUUGCCCUUCCUUUUCCCGUACUGAAUCUUUCGAAGGUUCCUGUUGCCUGA